AAGUGACAUCACGUCACGUCAAGAGGAGUCAGUCCUCACGUGAAGUGCGCAGCUCGGUGGAAAGCGGUUUCUCCCGGUGUCUCCCGGUGUUUUCGUCGAGUUUUAAUCGGUGAAUUGUUUUUGUGGACGGUAACAGCGGAGGAUGUAAAGAAGAAGGGGGCGUGUCUUAGUGAUUCUACCCCAUUGUUCCACUCCAACGCGCGAGGAGAACACCUCUGUGGGCGCUCUCAGCCAAUCACACGCCACCGACAUGCCUCUUGACUCCGCCCACUAGGCUAUAUUAAAGCGUCGGCCGUGAGCAGCGCUGGCCACUGGCACAAUAUAACACUGUUAGAUCCACUGAGCAAAGAGAAGGAGGAUUUACUUUAUUCAACCUUUCAUUUUCAAGCCGUCCUUUAUUUUAAUCAACUAAAAAAAAACAAUGGCCGACACAAAAGUUGACUCCGGAAAGGAUAUCUCUGCAAAGGAACUGAAAGAGAAGAAGCUCCAGGAGGAGAAGGAGAACGGCAAAGAUGCUGCCACCAACGGAAAGGAGAACGAGGAGAACGGCGAGCCCGAGGUAGACGAUGAAGACGACGAUGAAGUGGACGAGGAGGACGAGGAAGACGAGGGAGAAGGCGAUGAGGAAGACGAGGAGGACGACGACGACGAGAUCGAGGGCGGCACAAAACGGGCGGCUGAGGACGACGACGAUGACGACGAGGACGACGUCGAAACCAAGAAGCAGAAAACCGACGAAGACGAUUGAUUGCGUUCCUCAGCGCCGCGCCAUCCUGCUGAACCCACUUCCUGAUUCUUCACCUCUGACUGUUUUGAUAUGUCACAGGUGGGGGGGCUGGAGGACUGAUUUAAAAAAGGAAAAAAAAAAUAAUAAAUGAAAAAAAAAUCCAACAUGGUCAUUAGCAAGUAGAGUUCAACAAAACAUCUACCACACACACACACACACACCAGAUCUCCCCUCAAAACAAAUUUUUCUAGAGGAAACGACGCCAACACACACCGACGCAGAAAUCCGGCUUCUCUUCAACGACAACAACACGAAAGGAGAAUUUGUUUGUAUUUUUAUUUACAUUUUAUAUUUUUGUACAUAUUGUUAGGAGGAGGAGGACGAGGAAGAGGGGGGGUCAGUCUCUCUCUCGGCAGCGAUCUUGUCAGACCAAAUCGGUGCUUCUUUAAACGAAAGGUUUUACUUGGUUGACCAUGUUACGAUAUCUCGACAGGAAAACAAAACGUGUAAAAAAAACAGUUUAAAAAAAAAAGAAUCAAACAUGAAAGACAAAAACCUCUUAAGCCGUUGAACUCAGAGCAUUCCAGUAAAUUUAAUGUAUGUACUUUAGCUGUACCAUAACUCGUUUGUUUGUAUGGGAGGGGAAGGCCAAAGAAAAGAGCCUCUUUUCUUUUUCCUGUUUUCUUUUUUUUCUUUGUUUUUUGUCAGCGACUUUUUGUUUUUAUGACGGCCUGUUUUGAUGUAUGUGCGAAGUUUGUUGUCUGACAAUAAACCGGACUUUAUUUUGUGAGUUGUA